CAGGAGCUAGAGCGCGCGCGCGCGCGGAGCCCUUUGAAAGGACUUACACUUCCUAAUGAAUAUUUAUCCGCCGCUGCUACACGCUCCCGGCUUCUCUUACCUUUCUGCAGGUCAGUCCAUGGUAUUCCGCUCCCCCCUAGACCUCUAUUCCUCCCACUUCUUGUUGCCAAACUUCGCCGAUUCUCACCACUGCUCCCUACUUCUGGCGAGUAGCGGCGGCGGGAGCGGUGCGGGCGGCGGCGGCGGCGGCGCGGGAGGAGGCGGCGGCGGCGGGAACCGUGCGGGAGGCGGCGGUGCUGGCGGAGCAGGCGGCGGCAGCGGCGGCGGCGGCUCCAGGGCCCCCCCGGAAGAGUUGUCCAUGUUCCAGCUGCCCACCCUCAACUUCUCGCCGGAGCAGGUGGCCAGCGUCUGCGAGACGCUGGAGGAGACGGGCGACAUCGAGCGGCUGGGCCGCUUCCUCUGGUCGCUGCCCGUGGCCCCCGGGGCGUGCGAGGCCAUCAACAAACACGAGUCGAUCCUGCGCGCGCGCGCCGUCGUCGCCUUCCACACCGGCAACUUCCGCGACCUGUACCACAUCCUGGAGAACCACAAGUUCACUAAGGAGUCUCACGGCAAGCUGCAGGCCAUGUGGCUCGAGGCGCACUACCAGGAGGCCGAGAAGCUGCGCGGCCGCCCGCUCGGCCCGGUGGACAAGUACCGCGUGCGCAAGAAGUUCCCUCUGCCGCGCACCAUCUGGGAUGGCGAGCAGAAGACCCAUUGCUUCAAGGAGCGGACUCGGAGCCUGCUGCGGGAGUGGUACCUGCAGGAUCCCUACCCCAACCCCAGCAAGAAACGCGAACUGGCGCAGGCCACCGGCCUCACCCCCACACAAGUAGGCAACUGGUUUAAGAACCGGCGACAGCGCGACCGCGCAGCGGCGGCCAAGAACAGGCUCCAGCACCAGGCCAUCGGGCCAAGCGGGAUGCGCUCGCUGGCCGAGCCCGGCUGCCCCACGCACGGCUCAGCAGAGUCACCGUCCACGGCGGCCAGUCCGACCACCAGUGUGUCCAGCCUGACGGAGCGCGCGGACACCGGCACUUCGAUCCUCUCGGUAACCUCCAGCGACUCGGAAUGUGAUGUAUGAUAGCCAAGGCCGCCCUCCUCCUCCCCCUCCUCCCCUUCCACCUUCCCCUCCUCUUCGUAACCCUGCUCCUCACCCUCUUCUUCUACUCCAUCCCUAGAACAAACCGAAAUCAGGAUACACAGACAGACACACACACAAGUCCAUACACACUCCCACCCCCGCCAAAAAUAUAUUAAAAAAAAAACAAGAAAAAUAAAUUAACCUCAAACCAUCAAAAA